AUGGGGAGUGGUGCCAUCAUCAGCAGAGGUGCGCACAGCCGCGUGCUCGUGGGCAAAGGUCAGUGGGAGGCGCGUGUGCAAACCCUGGAGCCCAAUCCAUGGAUGCAUGAGGUGUCAACGCGAGGCCACGGGACACGCCUCACACGAUUGCUCACAAGGCAGGACCGCCUGGAAGAGCUCCUCAUGAUGGGACUGCGUACUGCUUGUGGAAUUAGUGACCAGGAUUGGCGAGUUGUGUCCGGUGGUGUCGGCUUGGUCGACACCUUUGCCGGUAGUGCUGAAACGGCACGGCUGCUCGAUGCUGGCCUGCUGCUGCUUGACGAGAGUUGCUUGCGUGCCACGAAAGCUGGGAUGAAUGUUGCGGACAGCCUGGUCUCCUCGAUGCUGCCACAGCUGAGGGAAAGGACUAGCAGCUAGAGUGCCGAGGUGUUUCCUUCACAGAUCCACAUGACGUCUUCCCAUCCACACGAGUGCAAUAAGUGUUUCAUUGCUCUGCUUGAACCGCUCGAGUGCAACUCUGUAAGUCGAAGCAGCUGUUUUGCUAUUGUAAAGGCCCUGCCGCACCUCCCAGACAUGGCAAACGG